AUGAGCAAUUCGUCUCCACCCGAUGUGCUGGCAAGGUACUAUGCGGAAGAGGAGAACAAGGGGUAUCUCCGAAUGCACUACUUUAAAAAAAUUGACAUGGAAAAAAUGGAAAAAGAUUUGCAAAAGUUGAACAAAGUUUUUCAAAAUGAUGAUAUAUUCCUAGAUAUUUAUAUAAAUGAAAAGGAAAAAAAUAAUUUCGACUUUUUCCUGAAUAACAUGAUAGGAGGUAUGAGUGAUAUAAAUUAUUUAGAGAAAUGGUCCAACAUAGAAUUAAGUAAUAUAUAUAAUUACAUAUUAUAUGAUAACAAAUAUUGUAGUGAUGUCGUAAGUAACAAAAAAGGUUAUUUAAUAUUAAAAUUAAAAUAUACUAAUGAAAACAAAAUAAUUACUUCAUAUUUUAAAAUGAACUGUAGAAAUGUAAAAUGGGAAAAUGAAAAAAAAGUAUGGCAUAUACCAUUAUUUUAUAUCUUUGAAAUGUGUAAGCUCACAAUAUAUUUGGGCGGAAUGGUCAGUGAUACUGUUCUUUACUAUUUAUGUAAACUGUUUAACCAUUUUUCAAGCAUUAAACAUGUUACUAAUGUGAAAAUGAACGAACUAAGUACUAAGGAUAUAAAGGAUGAUAGGAAAUCGGACAAGCAACAGCAAACGAUGAAAGGAAAUUUGACGCUACUGAAUGAUAAUGCCGCUAAAGUGGAGAAACAAGAUGAAGGGGGAAGCAAGACGAAGCUGGGCAAGGAAGAUGAACUUGAAGAAAAAAAAAAAAAAAAAAAAAAUUUAGAAAUCGGUACAGAGGAUAAUCCGGGUGAACAGCGUAACGGGAGCAGCACUGAUGAGGCUCAUCACAGGGGUAAUACCAACAACGAUAGAGGCAAUACCAACAAUGAUAGAGGCAAUGACAACAACGAUAGAGGCAAUGAUAACAACGAUAGAGGCAAUGAUAACAACGAUAGAGACAAUACCAACAACGAUAGAGACAAUACCAACAACGAUAGAGACAAUACCAACAAUGAUAGAGGCAAUGAUAACAACGAUAGAGGCAAUGAUAACAACGAUAGAGGCAAUGAUAACAACGAUAGAGGCAAUGAUAACAACGAUAGAGGCAAUGAUAACAACGAUAGAGGCAAUACAAACAAGGAUGACGGCCAUGGUGGAGCAUAUACCAGUAGCAACAAUGUCGAGCGGGCGUACAACCUCGAAGUAUUCGUCAAGGAAAACAAAGGCGCGUUUAUUGAAUACAUAGAUAAGGUAAAAAUGGUCCAGAUGGAGCAUAUCAUUAUAAAUAACAGUGUGAAAGAUAACUCGAUGCACAUAAAGAUUGUGCCAUAUGUUGAAGAUGUAGUAAAAAAAAUAAAAGAAAUUAAUCUGUUUCAGUGGAAUAAGACAGAGAAUAUUUGGAUAGUGAAAAAAACAAAUUUUAAAAAUUUUUAUAUAAAUGUAAUAAAGCACUUUGAUUUUAAAAUAUGCUCAUACUAUGACUACUACAAAAUGGUAAGACAAAAACUUCUUGAGGAGAAUGUAAAGUUAAGCAGAUACAAUGUUAACAUGAGUAAUAGUAUUAACAGCAGUGGAAUGACAAAUAUUGAGCAUACAAAUAAAAAAAAAAUUAUGAAAAGGAAAAAGGACAUGAUGAAUGAAAUAAGACAAAGUGAAAAAUAUUGUAAACAUAGAAUGUGUUAUGAAAAUACUGAUUCUUCCUACUCAGAUGAGUUAUCACACAAUGUUGAUUCAAGUUAUUAUGAAGGAAGAGAACAAGUAAAUAAAAUCAAAUUAAUAGGUGCAGCGAAUAAUUAUUAUAAAGAUAUUAUAUACAACAAAUUAAAUAAGGUAAAAAAUUUGAGACCUCCUAAUUAUACUUAUGAUCCUAAGGGUUUGAUAACAAAAAAUGGAGCAGGAACUAAAGGAAUUGAAAUUUUUGACAUGCCUAGUGAUAUUAACGAAUGGAAUAAGAUAAGCUUUUGUAUAGUACCAAAUGAAAAACAAUAUAUUGACUUAUAUGAUCCAAAAAUAUUAUGUAGCUUAGUUAGUGAUGUUUAUUUACUUAAAGAAACAGCUAUAGAUAUAAUUUUAAAAAGGUAUAAUAAAUGGCCAGAAUAUAGUGAUGUGUUUUGGAAUUCUAUAUGUGCUGAAUACGAAUUUGUUGUUUGUAAUAAAAAUUUUAAUACCAGACAGAAAUUAGCUCAUGAUAGAUUAUUUAAUAAACAAUUUUUUUAUAUAUUUAACAUGGAGAGUGUAAAACAAUCAAAUUAUUAUGAUGCUUUAUUUUUGUGCAAAACGUUAAUUACUCUAGGAGAAGGAAAAUUAGUAAGUAACCCUUUGGAAGCAGAGUACAUCAUCAUAUCGAAUUGCAAUGAUCACAGUGCUAUUAAUUUUUAUAAUUCUCUACAGGAAGGGGAAGAAGAAAAAGUGAAAGAAAAAGAAAAGAAAAAAAAAAAAAAAAAACUUCCCCUAUUUGUUACUCCCAAUUUUAUUUAUGACUGCAUUUUGAACUAUUCCAUAUCCUAUCCUUCUAAAAGCAAAAACCACUUUUCUUUUGUGUAA